GUCAGCCCUCUACGCGUGCUCCGCCCAAAACACAUGUGUGACACCCACCUCUGUCUCUAUAUCUCAAGCUCACUCACUAUGAAUUAGCGAGAAAUCUUAAAUCACCCACCCUUGAGACGAAACUAGGAAAGCUCUCCCAUAAUCUCCUGAAAAAAUCCCAUAUCCAUCAUGGAUAAAAAGACAAAGAAUGUCUUUCAACUGGAUACACCAUUCACAACCACCAAAUGGUAAAGUCGUCACCCCACAUUUCCAAGCAAACCACUCACAAAUCCACAGGCCAGAAAUCUCUCCAAAGGAUCAAGACCACAUCCUAGAGCUUCUCUGCAGGUAAGUUUGGCCCUUGACCCACUCAAGGUCCAUCAUCUGACUCUCUCAUCAUAGUCUCAUAUCCCCAAUCGGCAAACAUCGCACAAACAACACGCCAGCAAAAAGCAAAGGCAAACGAGCCAAGCGCUCGAGAAAAGAAGCCAAAGACGAUAAAGACCAUUUACAACCAGAUAACUCUGUCCCACCGCCAGAAAUAUCCUCAUUCAUUUCCAUUGGUCUUCGGGCCAUUACACGACGUCUAGAAUCCUCAUCCAAAGUCUCAAAACCCAAUGGUGACCAAGAAAACGGGUCGGUAAACGAUGCUACUACCGAACCUCCAGAACCAAAAUCAAAAAUUUCCAAGCCCAGCGCCGACAACAAGGAAGAAACCAAACCCCUCCACUUCUCCGCAAUAUUCGUCCUACGAAACGCGCACGAAAAACUGAAUCACGACCACCUCCCCCAACUCGUCGCCACCUCCUCUCUAGCCCAUCCCCAUCUCCCCGCAACAAGACUCGUCCAACUCCCCGAAAGUUAUGGUCCCAGGAUCUGUAACGCGCUGGUGCUGCCGCGAGUGAAUUUCAUAGCUUUGCAUGAUGGGGCGCCGCAUGCGGGCCAACUUGUCUAUUUUGUGAGGAUGCAUGUAGCGAAGAUUGUGAUGCCGUGGUUGGAGGAAGUGAAGAGUGCGGAGUAUCUUCCUGUGAAGAUUAAUACGAUUGAGACGACGACUGGGCCGCCGAAGGAGAAGAAGGAUGAGAAGAAGUGGAAGAAGAAUGUCUUUCGUGAGAUUCUGGUUGGGGAAACUGAGAAGAUGGGGGAAGUAUGUGAGGCGUGAGAUUUGACCAGAAGGGAGAAAU